AUGGGUUUGGUCCAUGUGCCAGGAAGACGGUCUAGAGCGUCCAGCCUCACUAGCAAUCGCUCCAGCGUUGAUGAGGGCAAGGGAACCUCCGCCGCCGAAGAUGACGACACCCUUGUGGUCGAGCCUGAUCAGGGCAACGUGCUCAUGCACAUCAUCUCCCAGCUACGUCCGGGCGCCGAUCUGAGCCGUGUCGUUCUGCCGACCUUUAUUCUUGAGCCUCGUAGCAUGCUCGAGAGAAUAACAAAUUUCAUGUGCCACCCCGAGAUGCUGCUUCCGAUCCCCGAAAUUGACGACCCCGUUUUACGAUUCGUUUCUGUAGUCAAAUUCUACCUCAGUGGCUGGCAUAUCCGACCACCAGGAGUGAAGAAGCCCCUCAACCCAAUCCUCGGCGAGAUAUUCACCUGCUACUGGGACCUGCCUGACAAUACGAGAGCCUAUUAUAUCUCAGAGCAAACAUCCCAUCACCCUCCCAAGUCGAGUUACUUCUACAUGGUUCCGGAACACCACAUCCGAGUCGACGGUACCCUGAAGCCGAGGUCAAGGUUCCUUGGUAACUCGGCUGCAAGCGUGAUGGAAGGCACUGCUAUUCUUUCUUUGUUGAAUAGAGGGAAUGACAAGACUAAGGGCGAAAGAUACAUCCUGACACAGCCCAACAUGUACGCUCGGGGUAUCCUGUUCGGAAAGAUGAAGUACGAACUAGGAGACCACAGCUUUGUGCGCUGCCCGGAGCUCGACUUGGUUGCUGACAUCGACUUCAAGACCAAGGGAUGGGUAGGCGGCACUUACAACGCUAUUGGAGGUUUCAUCAAGCAAGAAAGUACUGGCGAGGUUCUGUAUGAGCUCUCGGGACUCUGGAGUGAGGAGAUGUUUAUCAAGGACGUAAAGACGGGUCACAAGGAAAUGUUUUUCAAUGCCAGGAGAUCAAAACCUAGCAGCCCACUAGUGCGACCAAUCGAGGAGCAGGAUGAGCGCGAGUCUCAAAGACUUUGGCAAGCUACUGCCCAAGCUGUCAUUGACCGCAACCAUGAGCUCGCAACGGAUGAGAAGACCAAGGUAGAAGACAGACAACGCGAAGAACGUGACCUUAGAGCACAAGAGGGCGUAGAGUGGCACCCCAGACUCUUCAGGAGAGUCGAGGGUGGUCCUGGUGCUCCAGACGAAGGUGAAGAAGAGCUCGAAUGGAUUAUCAACGCCACAAUUGACGGACCAACUCCUGAGAAGCAAACCGAGCAGAUUUUGGCUAUCUAUCCGAUAGUCAAGGGCCAAAAAGCGCCCAGUGCAAACGUGAUCCCACCUCACCAUGCUACGGCUGCGGAGAAGCCAGCUCUCCAGCCUCAAGCAGGAGCCAAUGAUCUCAUUGAUUUUGGCGAUGAUCAAGACAACACUCCGCCUGCACCUGCCCCAGCAUCUGCCCCGGCAGUCCAGCCCCCAACGGGAGCUACUGCGACUGCGCAAGAAUCACGGAGCGACUCCAAGGACAUUCAGAGUAUGCUGAACAAGACAGGGACUCAGCCGGGUGAGGGCCCAUUGAUUGAUUUUGUCCCUGACAUGAAGAAGGCCGUUCCGUCGUUGAAGCGGGCGGACACUAGCGAGGACAGCUUCCACGACGCUCAUGAGUAA